AGGUUGGCUGCCGCCGCUAUUUGAGCGCAGGUCCGGGUCCAGACGCUCAGAGCGCUUUGAGCCAGCGCGCCGGGGAAAUCGUAGCGCGCACCCCGCAGAGGCACUGCGGCCCGUGCAGUCCCGAAGCCCCGCGCAGAAAAGGCGGCGGAGGAGGAGAGGCCGAAUUGCCGCCCGCCGCCCGCGCCCUCCCAUCCCGCCGCCACCGCCGCCGCCGCCACUGCUCCCCCUCCCCGCGGCGCCGCAUCUGAAUGGAAACAUGGCGGUGCCGGCUCAGACCUGCGGCGCCUCUCGGCCCAGCUGCGGCCCCCAGCCCGGCCCCAGCGCCCAGCGCCCAGCGUCCGGGCCCCGGCGCCGGCUGUCGCUGAUGCUGCCUUCGCUGCUCCUUCUACCGCUGCUCGCCGCCCCCGGUGCCUCUGCCUACAGCUUCCCCCAGCAGCACACAAUGCAGCACUGGGCCCGACGCCUGGAGCAAGAGGUCGACGGUGUAAUGCGGAUUUUUGGAGGUGUGCAGCAACUCCGUGAGAUCUAUAAGGACAACCGGAACUUGUUUGAGGUACAGGAGAACGAGGCUCAGAAGUUGGUGGAGAAGGUGGCGGGGGACAUCGAGAGUCUUCUGGACAGGAAGGUGCAAGCCUUGAAGAGACUGGCCGAUGCUGCAGAGAACUUCCAGAAAGCCCACCGUUGGCAGGACAACAUCAAGGAGGAAGACAUCAUGUACUAUGACGCCAAGGCAGAUGCUGAGCUGGAUGACCCUGAGAGUGAGGAUGUGGAAAGGGGGUCUAAAGCCAGCACCCUAAGGCUGGACUUCAUUGAAGACCCAAACUUCAAGAACAAGGUCAACUAUUCAUACACAGCUGUACAGAUCCCCACGGACAUCUACAAAGGCUCCACUGUCAUCCUCAAUGAGCUCAACUGGACAGAGGCCCUGGAAAAUGUGUUCAUUGAAAAUCGCAGGCAAGACUCCACACUGCUGUGGCAGGUCUUUGGCAGUGCCACAGGAGUCACCCGCUACUAUCCAGCAACUCCGUGGCGAGCCCCCAAGAAGAUUGACCUGUAUGAUGUCAGAAGGAGACCCUGGUAUAUCCAGGGAGCCUCUUCACCCAAGGACAUGGUCAUCAUUGUGGAUGUGAGUGGCAGCGUGAGCGGCCUGACCCUGAAGCUGAUGAAGACGUCUGUCUGCGAGAUGCUGGACACGCUCUCUGACGAUGACUAUGUGAAUGUAGCCUCGUUCAACGAGAAGGCACAGCCUGUGUCAUGCUUCACACACCUGGUGCAGGCCAAUGUACGUAACAAGAAGGUGUUCAAGGAAGCUGUGCAGGGCAUGGUGGCCAAGGGCACGACAGGCUACAAGGCCGGCUUUGAGUAUGCUUUUGACCAGCUGCAGAACUCCAACAUCACUCGGGCCAACUGCAAUAAGAUGAUCAUGAUGUUCACGGAUGGCGGUGAGGACCGUGUGCAGGACGUCUUUGAGAAGUACAAUUGGCCCAACCGGACGGUACGUGUGUUCACUUUCUCCGUGGGGCAGCAUAACUAUGAUGUCACACCCCUGCAAUGGAUGGCCUGUGCCAACAAAGGUUACUAUUUUGAGAUCCCUUCUAUUGGAGCCAUCCGCAUCAACACACAGGAAUAUCUAGAUGUGUUGGGCAGACCCAUGGUGCUGGCAGGCAAAGAGGCCAAGCAGGUGCAGUGGACCAACGUGUAUGAGGAUGCACUGGGGCUGGGGUUGGUGGUAACAGGGACUCUCCCUGUUUUCAACCUGACGCAGGAUGGCCCUGGGGAAAAGAAGAACCAACUGAUCCUGGGUGUGAUGGGCAUCGAUGUGGCUCUGAAUGACAUCAAGAAGCUGACUCCUAACUACACACUUGGUGCCAACGGCUAUGUGUUUGCCAUUGACCUGAAUGGCUACGUGUUGCUGCACCCCAAUCUCAAGCCCCAGACCACCAACUUCCGGGAACCUGUGACUUUGGACUUCCUAGAUGCAGAGCUGGAAGAUGAAAACAAGGAAGAGAUUCGUCGGAGCAUGAUUGAUGGCAACAAGGGCCACAAGCAGAUCAGAACAUUGGUCAAGUCCCUGGAUGAGAGGUACAUAGAUGAGGUGAUCCGGAACUACACCUGGGUGCCUAUAAGGAGCACCAACUACAGCCUAGGGCUGGUGCUCCCACCCUAUAGCACCUUCUACCUCCAAGCCAACCUCAGCGACCAGAUCCUGCAGGUCAAGUUGCCAAUCAGCAAACUGAAGGAUUUUGAGUUCCUGCUCCCCAGCAGCUUUGAGUCUGAAGGACAUGUUUUCAUUGCUCCCAGAGAGUAUUGCAAGGACCUGAAUGCCUCAGACAACAACACCGAGUUCCUGAAAAACUUCAUUGAGCUUAUGGAGAAAGUGACUCCAGACUCCAAGCAGUGCAACAACUUCCUCCUGCACAACCUGAUCUUAGACACUGGCAUCACACAGCAGCUGGUGGAACGUGUGUGGCGGGACCAGGAUCUCAACACGUACAGCCUGCUGGCUGUGUUCGCUGCCACAGACGGCGGCAUCACCCGAAUCUUCCCCAACAAGGCAGCUGAGGACUGGACAGAGAACCCUGAGCCUUUCAAUGCCAGCUUCUACCGCCGCAGCCUGGAUAACUAUGGUUAUGUCUUCAGGCCCCCACACCAGGAUACCCUGUUAAGACCGCUGGAGCUGGAGAAUGACACAGUGGGCAUCCUUGUCAGCACAGCUGUGGAGCUCAGCCUAGGUGGACGCACACUGAGACCAGCAGUGGUGGGCGUCAAGCUAGACCUAGAGGCUUGGGCUGAGAAGUUCAAGGUGCUAGCCAGCAACCGUACCCACCAGGAGCAGCCUCAGAAGCAGUGCGGCCCCAGCAGCCACUGUGAGAUGGACUGUGAGGUUAACAAUGAGGACCUACUCUGUGUCCUCAUUGAUGAUGGGGGAUUCCUGGUGCUGUCAAACCAGAACCAACAGUGGGACCAGGUGGGCAGAUUCUUCAGUGAGGUGGAUGCCAACCUGAUGCUGGCACUCUACAAUAACUCCUUCUACAGUCGCAAGGAAUCCUAUGACUAUCAGGCAGUGUGCGCCCCUCAACCCCCUGGCAACCUGGGUGCUGCAUCCCGGGGUGUCUUUGUGCCCACCAUUGCAGACUUCCUUAACCUGGCCUGGUGGACCUCUGCUGCGGCCUGGUCUUUAUUCCAGCAGCUUCUCUAUGGCCUUAUCUAUCACAGCUGGUUCCAAGCCGACCCAGCAGAGGCCGAAGGGAGCCCGGAGACGCGGGAGAGCAGCUGCGUCAUGAAACAGACCCAGUACUACUUUGGCUCGGUCAACGCCUCCUACAAUGCCAUCAUCGACUGUGGAAACUGCUCCAGGCUGUUCCACGCGCAGAGACUGACCAACACCAACCUUCUGUUCGUGGUGGCUGAGAAGCCGCUGUGCAGCCAGUGUGAGGCUGGCCGGCUGCUGCAAACAGAAACACACUGCCCAGCGGACGGCCCGGAGCAGUGUGAGCUGGUGCAGAGACCACGAUACCGGAGAGGCCCGCACAUCUGCUUCGACUACAACGCAACGGAAGAUACCUCAGACUGUGGCCGCGGAGCCUCCUUCCCGCCGUCGCUGGGCGUGCUGGUCUCCCUGCAGCUGCUGCUUCUCCUGGGCCUGCCGCCCAGGCCACAGCCUCAAGUCCACACUCAUGCCUCUCUCCGCUUCUGAGCGCUGCUCUGCCCCACUUCCACCUGGCCUCCUCGUCUCUCUCCUACCCUCCCGCCCUGCACUCCCUACCUUAGAGCCUCGUCCCUCCCUCACUAAAGGACCUGAGCUCACCAGGCCCUGAGAGUCUAUGCCUUGGGGUGGAGGAGUCCCAAAGAAGGAUGCCACAGGUCUUUGGCACUCUAGCCUUGUUUCAUCACUAAACUGUUCAAGUGUCCCCAGACCAUUCAUUCCUGCUGGGCUCACCCCCAGUAGGAUAAGACAGGGAAGCCACAUGUACUGGUGCCAAACCAGAUCUCUGCUGCCCACCCUGCCUGGAGUCUCCCUAUGUGUGGAGAACCUGCCUCAGUUGAACUACUCUAACCUGGCCUUUCUGUCCUGCCCAAACCUGGUUUCUGUGAGAGUGGAGGAAGGUGAGAUGGGUAGUUUGAGGCCUGUGCAUCCCCGCUUAAAUCUUAGCAGGAAAGAGGUCCUGGGGAAGCCCAGAAUGGGCUCCUGCCCUUUUCAGGCCUAAGCCUUGUACCCCCAUGCCCAGCAGGUGUCAGGACAGUCACAGUGAUGGAGAUUUAGAUACAACUCCAUACACACCUGGAAUUCUGAGGUCAGAAACUAGACUCAGACAUACCCCAGAAGGCAUGCACCUGUGCACACACACACAGACAUGCACACACCAUGGGGUAGAGUAGGGGUGGGGGCACACAAAGCCUUAUUUAUGGCAAGGGGUUCAUGGGAGGUUGGCACCGGCACACUCCAUCUCCUGCUCAUCUGCCUCUGAUCUGAGCUGCAGCCUAGGUGGUCCUCCCAUCUCUAAAGCUGAAUGUCAAACAGUGCCAAAUGCUGGGGUAGGGAGUGAAGAACUCUCUGUCCCACCCCUAGCUACUAGAGUCCCCCAAGUGCCCCUCACCUCUCCAGGUGCUCAUUAUAACCAUUUCUCAUUAAUGUUGGGACCCCAGUGGUACCACAUGCCGCUGCCUGCAGCCCUCAGCAGAUGAACUCCCACCAGACAUUGCUCUUUGCCCUAAGCAGGGGUGAUUUAGGUAGUCUCUCCUGGCUCAGCCUUUCCACCCCCAAUCUGGCCAUCACACCCUUAGGCCUGUGCCUACUCCCUCUGUCUUUCCCAUAUCCACAAAUACUCCCUGCCCCCAGGAGGCCAAACUGCCCCUCCCCUGCUGAACACACACCCUGUGCACACACGGAGGUGGGGCCUGGGCACAGCUCUUCAUAUCAUUCAUUCUGGUCAUUCCCCCUAAAGGCAUCCCAGUUUGAGGGCCAGUGGGGGAACUGAGGCAAGGGGAUGUAGCCAUGGGGCUCAGAAGGACUGGGCGGAGGGGGGAGGGUGAUACAUUAAUUAAUGGCUCCGUUAAUUAAUGUCAUGUUGCUUGUCGCUUUCUCAGUGUGUGUGUAUGGUCCAUGCCCACUGCUGGUGCCAGGGGGGUCAUCCAUGAUAUGCACCCAGCCUGGAUUCCAGUUGUGUCCUGCAGGGGCAUGUGUGUAACUGUAGUGUAGUCAGGUGCUCAAUGGAGAAUAUAACAAUUUAAAAAAAAAUACAGAAAAAUAAAUAUAUAUUUUAAGUUUAAAAAACAGAAAAACAGACAAAACAAUCCCCAUCAGGUAGUUGUCCAUCCCCCAGCUAGGUCUUACUCUUUCCAUCACCACCUGACCUGGCUGCUCCCUCACCUUGGACUGGGGGCCAUUUCCUUUUCUCUGCCCUUUUUUCGGUUCUAUUUUGUACAGAAGUCGGAAAAACAACAGUGACAAAAAAGUCAAGAAACUUUGUAAAAUAUUGUGUGUGUGAUUCCUUGUAAAAUAUUUUCAAAUGGUUUAUUACAGAAGAUCGGUUAUUAAAUAAUGUUCAUAUUUUCACUUCAAA